UGUCUGCUGGCAGUCAGUACCACAGGUUGCCAAGGGGCUCUCUGGUAUGAGAUUAUGCACUAGAGGAGAAUGAGAAGAGAGAAUUCUCCUGGAAUAGACAUCGCUUCCCAACUCUUCUGGAUCGUGCUGGAAUGGAGGGACCUGCCUCCAAGAUGUGCCUGCGAACUUGCUGUGUAAAAGGCUAUAAACCACUCCGAUUCAUUGAAAACCCACCUGAGCUGCGACAGUCCCAUCUCUCCAGGAGCUGCUCUUGCAGGAUGAUGAAACAAAGGAGAUCAAACAGUAUUAGCAUGUGCAUCUUGCCCAUCAUCCCCGAAUAUCCAGGCUUCCAGGACAUUAAGUUACCAAGACAUUACUCCGAAACUCCAGCCUCCAACCGGCUUUUCCAGGACUUGAAAAGAGGAAAGAGCUCCUCAUCCCAGCUCCAUAAUAUUCCAAACAGAGCUCUCUUAGUCCAUUGUGUGGGGAGCUCUUCAAGAGGCGGCUUGAAAGGCCACCUGCCAACCAGCAGUGGCUUCCACGACAAACCACUGCAAGAGUACUUCAAUGAGAGGCUGAUGGAGCUCAGGAACUACGAAAGCAAGAGGUCGAGCAGGAAGGCAAAAGCAUUUGCUGGUGAGAACCAGAGCCCCUUCCUCACGCACAGAGGAUGCCGACGCAGAAGCAGUUGCAGUGGUGUGGUAAUGCCGGGGCAUGGGAAGCAGAGGGAGGAGUCCUGCAGCUCAGCAGAUCAAGGCAACCAAACUGUGAUUGAGGGUAAAGAUCAAGAGGAAAGCCAGGAUGCCCUGGACAUCUACAAGGGUGACUUCCUGGACGCUCUGACAAUGCACAUCACUGCUCCCCUAGAAGCGUUUGUGCAAAAGCAGUGAUACUGGAGCUGGUUACAGCUUAUUGUGCAGUGCUGAAAGCCAGGAAGAACUGUUCCUGCUCAGCACCACUCUGACUGAAGUAGUUCACGUGUGUCAGCCCACUCUGGCACAGAAAUGUGCUUAUUUGUGGGUGAAAAUGUUCUCUCACCUUGUGUUCCUGGUUGGCAUUACAUGUAUUUGUUUCCAGUUAUUUUCUGCAAAGAAUCAGUAUAAUUGAGACAUAGUUGGGACUUAUUAUAUAGAGAGCAGUGUUCUAAAUACAUGCACAUAUUAGUUGAAUCCAUAGAAUCCCAGACUGAUUUGGGUUGGAAGGACCUUAAAGCUCAUCCAGUUCCAACCCCCUGCCAUGGGCAGGGACACCUUCCACUAGAGCAGGUUGCUCCAAGACCCAUCCAACCUGGCCUUGAGCACUUAAAUGUUGAAGAAUUCUUAAGUUGCCUUAAGAAAAAGGUGAUCAACAUCAGAGGAGCAGCUUGAGCUCUUACUUUGCACUUUGUAUCAGUUCAUCUGAAGAAAGACUCUUGUGCUCUGCCCCGUUACCUUGCUUGGUUUAAGCUUCUUGGUUUUAUUAUGUCACU